GUUACUGCAGCACCAAACACAGGCGCACAGUGCCAGCCCACUGCGCACGGUUUCUUCGACAGUGUUAUGAGCCUGCAUGGAUCUCGGUUAAAGACAUUCCUGAUUGGUUAUUAGAGGUUUUCAACGGUCUGUUUGGUGAGACUGUGUAAGCUGGUUCAUUUGUGUGUGUGUGCGUGCGCGCGCGUGUGGAAGUUCGUGUUGUUGUUUCUCUUUUAUUGAAACAACCCGUGAAACAGUCAGGAAGGGGGCACAGUGCUAUCCACUCCAUCACCGCGAUCAACACAAUGGCUGCUCCUCUCAACAUGCUCCUCAUCUUCUUGCACAUCUUCACUGCUUCAAGCCUGGAGUCAACCUCUGAGCAAGUGGUACCACCGAGACACCCACACCUCACUGGCUGUGUCUCCACCAACUUGGAAACUUUCCGCUGUAGAUGGAAUGUCGACUACUUCCAGAACCUCUCUCAGCCGGGGGACCUCCGCUUAUUCUAUAUUAACAACAAACCACCCCACGCGCCUCCUAAAGAAUGGAGUGAGUGCCCUCACUACAGCACUGACAGGCCAAAUGAGUGCUUCUUUAAUGAGAACCACACAACCGUCUGGGCAUAUUACAGUGUCCAGCUCCGCUCAAAGGAUCUGGCCAUCCUUUAUGACGAGAACCGCUUUAAUGUUGAAGAUAUCGUGCAACCCGAUCCUCCAGUUGGCCUGAACUGGACACUGCUGAAUAUGAGUUUGACUGGCGCUUACUAUGACAUUAUGCUGAGCUGGAAGCCGCCUCGGUCUGCAGAUGUGGAGAUGGGAUGGAUGACGCUACAGUAUGAGAUCCAGUACCGCAGCGUCACCUCUGAACUGUGGGAAGUGGUUGACCUUGUGAAAAACACACAGCGCUCCAUUUAUGGGCUUCAAACUAAUGUGAAUCAUGAGGUUCGGGUCCGGUGCAAAAUGCACGGUGGGAAAGAAUUUGGAGAAUUCAGCAACUCAGUUUUUGUCCAUAUCUCAUCUAAAGUAUCAACAUUCCCGGUGGUGGCUUUAUUCAUCUUUGGGUCCCUGUGUUUAGUGGCCAUCCUGAUGUUGGUUGUCAUAUCACAGCAGGAAAAGUUGAUGGUUAUUCUUUUGCCUCCUGUUCCUGGACCUAAAAUAAGAGGAAUUGACCCUGAAAUACUUAAGAAAGGGAAGCUGAGGGAGCUGACAUCGAUCCUGGGUGCUCCCCCUGAGCUGAGGCCAGAGCUGUACAACAAUGACAUUGAGGAGCAGAACGAUACGCUGACAGACCUAGACACUGACUGGCUAAUGGACCACUCCCUGUCCUCCAACUGCUCUCCCCUCUCUGUCGGCUUCAGAGAUGACGACUCGGGCCGGGCCAGCUGCUGUGACCCAGAUCUCCCCAGUGAACUGGAAGUGUCACCUUUCCAUCCUCUCACCCCAACCCAAAUCCUCAGCAAAGAACCAUCAUGCCCGGCAGCCUCAGAGCAAAGUACCCUAGUCCAGGGCUCAACUGGGGUGGAACCUCUUUUUGUAGCUCCAAGCAGAGAAGCACUGUACACCCAAGUGAGUGGGGUGAGGUCGUCUGGCAAUGUGCUGCUGUCACCUGAGGUGGACAAAACCACUAAUGAAGACUCAGAGAAAGAUAUGACAGAGAAGGAGAAAGAAAAGAAAGCAUUUCAGCUCCUGGUGAUGAAUGCAGAUGAUGGAGGUUACACCUCAGAGCUCAACGCAGGCAAUAUGAGCCCAAGAUCAUCUGAAGGGGACAUGAGUGAAAGGGACAUGAGCGACCACAGCAAGGCAGGAGAAGACUUGAGUUCUUCACCAUCCCCAUCACCUUACUACAAAUCAGAUACUUCCUCCAUGUCCGCGUUAGCCCCUGUUCCCGUUUACACAAUGGUAGAGGGUGUUGACACACAGAACAGCCUCUUACUGACACCAAACUCAACACUUGCCCCGCAAAUGAUAAAUCAGAAGAGUGUCCCGACACCAGACGGCUACCUGGCCCCUGACCUUUUGAGUAGCGUCACCCUGUGAACUGUGUGAAAUUAAGACUAUUCAAUCAUAAGCUUUGGAACAUUUGAGUUUCCCAUAGCUGUGUCUGAAUGUCAGCUUGCCUAAAAUAGGGGGUCAUCUGUUCCUGUCCUGUCACCACUACCUCCCUAACUCUAACCUCCUCUUGCCAGGGUUGUAAAGCUGACAUAGUUGGGAUUUUUGGCAGAAGUGACAAAGAGCAAGAAUGUGUUUUAUUCCAUUUGUGGAAAGGAAACAGUUCAAAGGGAAAAAUACAAGCUUGGACUGGAAAUUAUCUCAACGAUUUCAAUACAAUUCGAUUUUAGUACUCUAUACUUAUUCAGUAAUUUAGUUAAAGCAGGGUGGUGCGGUGGUUAGUGCUGUUGCCUCACAGCGCAAAGGUUCUGGGUUCGAGCCCGGCCGACCCGGGGCCUUUCU